UUUGUGCUUCUGGAGUUUCAUUUUUAGAAAAAGAUAAAGUCCUUAAAGGAGAGAACUGUUGGAACCCAUGAACAUUUCUUUAUGCUGGAGUUUCAUGUCUGCUUUCCGAUUACGAGAUGUAUUGCAUUUUGUUGUCGAUCCUCUUAUUUUGCAACAAGGUGAAAAGUCAAGAUAAUGUGUUUACUAUCAAUAAAGUUUCACUCCAGGCUUUUCCACAGAAAGAAGUGCGCAAUGGAGAUUCUCUUACCCUCAACUGUUCUGUGGACAUUAGCAAGAAUGAACAUUUCCGACUGAAUUAUACAUUUUCGUUUUUCAAGAAUGGGGAACGUCUGUUUAUCAACACAACUGAGCAAGACAGUGCACAGUAUACAAUCUCACAGGCUAGAUUUUCUUCUUCAGGAGAAUAUGAAUGUGCAUUAAAUGUGGAGGGGAAAAAAAAAUCCAGUGAUCCUUUGACCAUUAAAGUUAAAGGAAUAAUGAAGCCAAUACUGACUGCCCAGAAAGCAGUGGUGAUGGAAGGUGAAAAAGUACUUUUACGCUGUGAAGUACCGGAAGAAAAGCCACCUUUUUAUUUCACAUUUUAUAAAACUGCGCAGUCUGCAAGCGCAGUUGUGCAUGAGAGGAAACGGGGAUCACAAAAUGAGAAUUUCGUUGAGUUAGAAUUCCCUAUUGAUGCUGGAGACAAUAUUUUGUAUUUUGAAUGUGCCGUCCAGAUGAAUUCAAUAACAGGAAGUGAGAUCUCAGAGCGCAGUAACCGAACAAUUGUCACCGUUACCGAACCAUUUUCUGUUCCCAAAAUAACCAUCGACCCACCACAGAAUAUUACUGAAGGGGAUAAAAUCUGCAUAACAUGUUCAACUGUCCUACUUCGCCAGGAUCAAACUGAAAUUAUCUUGCAGAAAAAUAGAACAAUUCUGAAUAGCACGAAGGGCAGAGAGACUCUAACAUAUUGCAAAGUAGUCAAGAUGGAGGACAAUGGCAAUUAUAUUUGCACAGUGGAGCAUGGGAGUGUAUCUAAAAACGACAAAAAAGAGCUUGUGGUGGCCGAACUGUUUUCCAAACCAAAGUUAGUAGUUAAUAAAACCAAGUGGGAUGAAAACAGCACCGUACAAAUUCAGUGUCAAGUUAAUGGUCCAAUGCCAAUCAGUCUCCGACUCAUAAGGGACAACAAAAUAUUGGUAAACUCCAGCAUUUACAAGGCUAAAGUCCAUGUAUCUGACAGUGGAAUCUAUGUGUGUAGAGCAGAGAUAAACAACAUUUCCAAGGAAAGUGACCCAAUGUUUCUCCAAGUUUAUGCUCCAGUUUCUCCGCCUGCCCUUUCUCAACCCGUCUCCCAAGUAGCAAUAUUGGAGAAAUUCUUUGUUUUACAGUGCUACUCAAAGCUUGGAACUCUACCUAUCACGUACAGCCUUUACAGAGACAAUAUACUUAUCAGCGGAAUCGUAGCAAGAGAAAACGUACCAGCAAACUUUACAGUCAAAGCAACCAAUGUGCAUAAGCCUGGACAAUACAGAUGCCAUGCUAACAACGGCCACUCUCUUUCAAAACAAAGCAAAGGGCUAAAUAUCACAAUAAUAGCUCCAGUUGCUAACAUAAGCUUUGGAAGAGCCCCACUGGGGGACAUAGAAGAUGGCAAAGAACUCGUAUUUUUAUGCUCUGUUGAAUCAGGAUCUUUCCCUGUUGAGUUCAAUUUUUUUAAAGAAAAUGAUGGCAAAUCCUUAUAUCAGGUAAUAGAAAAGGAAAAACUGAGAACUAGUUGGCAGAGUGGAAGUUUCACAAGCCAGGAUGAAGGGAGCUACUUCUGCAGAGCUGACAACCAAGCAAAAUCCUUUGUGGAAAGCAAGAAGAUCAUUGUCAAGGUUGUCAUGGCUUCAUGGAAGAAAGGCCUUAUCAUAACCACAAUCCUCCUGAUUUUUCUUGCUGCUGCAGUUGCAGUUAUUUGGUUGAACUUUCGUUUGAAAGCAAAGGGUAAAAUACAUUGGAGUAACAGUAUGAGAAGUAACUUUGCCUCCAUGUUCAUUUGUUUAUAUAGCUGCCUUUCUAUUUACGUAUUACAACAUAGUAAUUUAUUGUUUUUCCCCCCUUAUCAAGCUAAAACCAUUUCUACGGAGUUGGCUGUAUCCACACGAGCAACCAAUUCAGUGGGUGUUAAGCUGGCAACAGGACAGAAUAAUGAAGGAGAAUUCUAUUAUGGUUCAGGAUAUAAUGAAGAUGGUGAAAAAAAUCACAUCAGUGCAAAAGAGGAUAAUAGAGGACCUGACCUUGAGGCUCCUGAAGUGGAAUAUACGGAAGUAGAACUGUCAGUGCCUGACCCUUACCGAGCUCCUGUAAUGAAUAAUGAGACAGUUUAUACUGAAAUCAGAAAAGCUAUUAAUGAUACUGAGCAGAACAGACAUUCUAGAAUAGAAGCUUCUCCUGAUGGGACUUAAGAAAAAAUGGCAGAGGAAAUCCAUGAAAACAAGAUGGAGGAUGUCCUACCAGUUCCAGCUAUUCUGCAGCAUUUAGGUGCUUUCAGAAGUUGCACUUUGCUUGAGCGGUUGGCAGUCCCUGUGGGGUGAACCCAGCAUCUUAUACAGUACUACUGCUGUCUGCCACUGCCAUCACAUAACAUAGAGAGGCACACUUUCCAAAUUGUUGUUCCAUAUUUUCUUUAAUGCCAUUCUAAAUGAAAGCCAUUCUAAAUGAAAGCAUGUAUGUACAAGAAAUAUUUGCCACCUCAGUUGGUUGUUCUGAACCAUUCAGGCAAAAGAAUAAACCCGCCAGGUACAUCAUCUGGUGGUCACUUCCCUGUAGAAAACAAUGCAAGCAUCAUGGCAAUUAAUCUGCAGGCACAAACACUGCUGGCAACAACAUUUCAAAGUGGUGUCUUCCAGACUAAAGUGUGGUUUACCCA